GCCCCAGGCUCCCGCGGCGCUGGCCUGAGCCGCCCCGUCCCUCGCCCGCGGCCGGCGGACGAUGAAGCAGCAUGAGGAUGUGUGACCGCGGCGUCCAGAUGCUGAUCACCACCGUGGGCGCCUUCGCAGCCUUCAGCCUGAUGACCAUCGCGGUGGGCACGGACUACUGGCUGUACUCGCGCGGCGUGUGCAGGACCAAAGCCACGAGUGACAACGAGACCAGCCGGAAGAACGAGGAGGUGAUGACCCACUCGGGCUUGUGGAGAACGUGCUGCCUGGAAGGAACGUUCCGAGGAGUGUGUAAAAAAAUCGAUCAUUUCCCAGAAGAUGCGGAUUAUGAGCAAGACACGUCCGAGUACCUCCUACGUGCCGUGAGAGCAUCCAGCAUCUUCCCCAUCCUGAGCGUGGCCUUGUUGUUCUUUGGGGGCCUGUGUGUGGCCGCCAGUGAAUUCUACAAGAACAAACACAAUGUGAUUCUCAGUGCUGGGAUCUUCUUUGUCUCUGCAGGUCUCAGUAACAUAAUCGGGAUUAUAGUCUAUAUCUCUGCGAAUGCUGGGGACCCAGGGCAAAGCGACUCCAAGAAGAGCUACUCGUACGGCUGGUCCUUUUACUUUGGCGCCUUGUCCUUCAUCAUCGCCGAGAUGGUGGGGGUGAUCGCUGUGCACAUGUACAUCGAGAAGCACCGCCAGAUCCGUGCCAAGUCCCACUCUGAGCUCCUGAAGAAGUCAGCCUUUUCUCGCCUCCCCACCUACCGAUACCGGUUCCGCAGGCGAUCCAGCUCCCGCUCCACAGAGCCCAGGUCCAGGGAUCUGUCUCCUGUCAGCAAAGGGUUCAGCACUAUCCCCUCCACCGACAUCUCCAUGUUCACCCUCUCCAGGGAUCCUUCCAAGGUGACCAUGGGGACGCUGCUCAACUCGGAGCGGGAUCACACUUUUUUACAGGUCCAUAACUCCAUCCCCAAAGAGUUCAAGGAGUCAUUGCACAACAACCCAGCCAACAGACGAACCACACCAGUCUGAGCCAGCUCCUCCCCAUGCCGCUCAGGCGCUGAGCCAGCCAGGGAAGUAGGGAGAGGCGUUUUGUCUGGCUGCAUGACAUGAUCCUUGUGAUGGUGUUACCAGUGAAGCUCUGUUUUUAAAGAACAAACCUAAAUGGCUCCACACCCCACCCCACCCUUUAAAUGCCACUUGCCAGGCCAGGCCACUGUGUUUAUGGUUGAACUGUGUUUGGGCCCCAGAAUCCCACCCUUUUUCCUUCUGUGGUUGGAAAGGGACAUCGCCUUUGCUGUGACUUGCUGGGAGCAAGGCCCCUGAGGACUGGCCGGGUGGUUUCGAGUGGCCUCUGGGACAGUGACUUCUCAAAGUCACCUUUGUUCAUGUUGAUCAUAACAAUCACAGUGUUACCUUCGCUGUAUGUCCCAAUGGCAACAUUGGAAACAGCCUUGUUUGUGAGAACCAUUAACCCGAUAGUUACAUUUAUGCGAAAUUGCCUAGAAGUUCAGGGUAUGAAGCACUGAGUCGGCGAACGUAAUGAGUGCUCAUGUUUCUAAAACAUUUUGCCUUGUUGUAAUGGAUGGAGUGCUUGGGUCUGGGUUUCUUUCUGGCAUUUCGUGCAUGCAUUAAAUAGCUUGGAAUCCAAUUUCUUCAUGUUGGGUUGGAAGAAACAUCCUUUCAGUAAUUUUCUGUGGUUUUGGAAGGGCUUUUGGGGGUGUGUAGGGAGGCAGAGUGCAUUCCAUUCUGAUCAUGUAAAUGGACUAAGGAGCAGAUUCCCUCCAGUGACUAGUAGCAACUAGACUGCAUUUGAUUACCCGCUGAUGUUAAACUGAAAGAAAUAGCUCCCUGAAAUGAACACACACACGCACAAGUGACUGUGUGGGCACAAUUAAGGAGGGGAUGUUUGGCCUAGUCUUAUUUUAGAAGCUGGGUUUGCAUCUGAGCCUCUGGCAGUGAUCUGCGUGUCACUGGUGUAUGAGUCUGUAAUGAAGAAUGUCUCAAUUGACUGGGAGAUUAAAGAGAAAAGUAACAAUAAAAGUUUGGCGAAUCAGUUACUCGGCUAAAUGAGCAACUCAAUCUCACGCUGCUAUGAACAGCUGGGAAAUCGUGCCAUGUGUCAAACAAAGCACUUUGCAAUACAGCCUCAAGCUUUCCUACCGGCCCUCCGAAAGGUGCAGCAAAGAGAAAGCAAAAGAACACGCGUGUUCUGUAAUGCAGGAACACUGCUCAGCAGCAGGUAAAUCAGCUUUACCAUCCCAGGAUGUGCACCCUCAGCUCUUCCAAGCUAAGCAUGGUGCUAGGCCUGCUCAGCGCUUGGAUGUGAGCCCGCUGCAGCAUGUGGUGGUGGGAAGCCAGGACUUAUCAGCAGGUGGCUUCCUGUCUGGGCCCCGCUGUGCUGCUGUACUUUGCACUAGGGUUAAAUUGGGGGUGGUGACCAUUGCUCAUCAGUAAAGAACCCAAGGCAAUUUUUGACAAGAGAGGGGAUUUUAAUCAUGGCAACCUGGCCAAAUUCCAUCACAUGCCACCUCUUGACUUUCCCCUGCCGUUACAAUUAAACUAUCACAUGCUGUUCUGCGGUGUUCCAUGCACUGUUCAACAACUGCCUUGUGCUGCCAAAGAGGUGGCUGCUUUUCAGGGAUGGUGUAACAAGCUCUGUACAUACACAGUCUACAGUGUGUAUUGAGUGCCCUAUGGGGCAGAAGCCACUAUAGGGAAGUAAGAUUUAUUCUGAAGGAGUGAAGAACUGCACACUGAAGUGUUUCGUUAGCAAAGCCCCGUCAGGCAUAGCUUCUGAGCAUUUGUUCCUGGCUCCUCUCAGUGGCUGAAGAAGUGCUGUACAUGAAAUAGAUACACUGCCCUGGCAUGGCUACUUCUGUGCAGCUGUGCUUGUGUGACACCGAUCGUGCCUGCACUCUGUGCGCUGCUGGAGGUGUAGACAGAGCCUGAGGAUCUCAAAGGGCACCUCAAGCUUUAACUUUAAAAGCCCCCCAGCCCCUUGUGAGACAGGUAUCUUCCACUGAGGCAUGGGGAGGGUAGUGACUUGCCCAAGUCACUCAGCAAGUCAGUGGCACAGCUGGGCAGGGAACCCCUGUGGUGACCACUGGCCUCACUGCUGUGGAGACUCAGAAAAGCAACUGCCAAAAAGCAACAGUGUGGGGACCUGUUUAGACCAGGAGUCUCCCCAGCCCAGCAUUGCUGCCUCUUGUGCUGAAUGCCUGUCACCUGCUCCUCCCACUCCAGCUUUGGGGCAUUUAGUCAGGAUACAGGUAGUGAACAUCUUCCCCCCACCCAUCACUGCCCCAGCAAGCAACCCCCCAUCUGCCCACCACAGAAAUAUAUGUAGGGUCAAUCACUGCACACAAGUCUGCUUCUUUAACCCAAAGUGGCCAAAUGCAGAGUCUGAAGUCCCAGGACACACCCAGCCACUACUCUCACUGUUCUGGCCUGUCUGGAUUCCUCCGUCUCCAGGUCAUGGUCCCCUGGCAGCAGAGGCCAUGGUGCCCAUGCUUGCUCGUUCCAUCUGAUGGCAGAAGGAAUGCCUCAAUUUUCACUGCUGGUGAACUCAGCCAGUGAGCGAUGUCCAUUUACCUGCCAAGGACGAUGCAUGGCAGAGGACCGAUUGCAGCUGUGUGGGUUUCCUUUUGCUUUAUAGCAUGGACAUAAAUGUAUGCCGCAAAAAAAGCGUGGCUCCUUGCCUCUGAUGGUCUGGCCCUAGGUGUCAGUGUGCAGAUACUUUACCCAGCCUGAACAACUGCAAAGCAGAACUGGAGCAGGGCAUUGCCUGCUCUAAGGUCAGGCCAAAAUGCCAUUUUUUCUAAAAGGUGCCAAGUCAGAAUGGCCCUGGGACAUCCAGUCUGUCUGGGAGCAGGGUAGGGGACUGAAUACCCCCAGGCACUCCUGGCCUGGUUCCUUUGCAGAGGAAAUGCCAUGUUUGUAUGCAAUUGCAAAAUCAGCAGGGACCAAUUUUCCUGGCUUCACUUUAUCUGCUGCAUUUGACACAUCGCUGGGCUUAGAAGUCAGCAUUAGAGAGGGCCUCCUCUGAGCUGCCUUUGAAGGGAAGUGCUGACUGCCUGCACAAUGUGACAGCUACAGGAAGGCAAGGACUGACAAAAAAAAAAAGUUUAGUCAUUAAAUGUCAGGGCAUGUGUAUGCAGCCAGAGAAUGGGUUUGAAAUGAUCAGCCACCUUGUCUUGCUGAAGCAGAGAUCUUGUGAUGGAAGCAGUUUCCAAGCAGCAGCUGGCCUCACAAUUUGUCAUGUCACUUAAUUGAAAUCUCAUUUAACCUUCUGACAAGCACGACGGGCCUGCUGGAGAGACUUUGUCUGCUGGUGGGGGGCCUACAGGGCUUGAUUAGGCAGCCCAGAGAUUGUGGAUCACAGAUGGAAUAUGUGCCAAUAGCAUUCUGGGAUGUAUUAACAGGAGGGUCAGGUGUAAGAUACGGGAGGCAAUUGUCCGGUGCUGCUCAGCACUGGAGUACUGUGUCCAAAUCUGGGAGCCACAUUUUAGGUGAGAUGUGGACAAAUUGGAAAGAGUCCAGAGGAAAGCAACAACAAUGAGAAAAGGUUUAGAAAACCUGAGUUGUGAGGAAAGUUUAAAAAAACUGGCCAUGUUUAGUCUUGAGCAAAGAAGACUGAGUUGGGACCUGAUAGCAGUUCUCAAAUAUCUUAAGGGCUGUUCUAGAGAGGACAGCGAUCAAUUUUUCUCCAUGUCCACUGAGAGUAGGACAAGUAAUGGGCUUAAUCUGCAGCAAGGGAGAGUUAGGUUAGCUACUAGGAAAAACUUCUUCUAAUUACAAGGCCAGGUAAACUUUGGAAUAGGCUUCCAAGGGAGGUUGUAAAAUCCCCAUCAUUGGAGCAUUUUUAAGAACAGGUUGGACAAACACCUGUCAGGGAUGGUCUAGGUUGACUUGGUCCUGCCUCAGCACCAGGGGCUGGACCUGAUAAUGUCUUGAGUUCCCUUCCAGCCCUACUGUUCUAUUGUUCUUUUAAUCAGAGAUAACGUGGAGGAAGAGGAACUGUUCCAUUUAUUUUCCUGCUUUGUUAACAGUAGAACAUUGCUUUGCAACCUUUUUUCAUUUGCAGACCCCUAGAAAAUUCUGAAUCAAGGUGCAUAUCCUUUGGAAAUCUUAGACACAAUCUGAGGACCCCUUCCAGGGACUGCAGUCCACAGGAAAAUGGAUCUGAUGUGAUGUCUGGCUUGCUUGUCCUUUGUAAUCUCUGUCAGUACCUCACAGCCGAAUUAAGAAUGUGCAUUUACAGGACACUCCCUCCCUUGCAUACUCCCAGUCUAGCUAGAAACAAAAGGCCAGAUCCCCAGCAUUGUCCUCCCUCUGCUGAAGUCAAUGUACACUAGCAACUGACGUUAUUGUCUAAAGGCUAAACUCUUUUCCUAGUCCAGGGGUAGGCAACCUAUGGCGAACUGAUUUUCAGUGACACUCACACUGUCCAAGUCCUGGCCACCGGUCCGAGGGGCUCUGCAUUUAAAUUUAAUUUAAAUGAAGCUUCUUAAACAUUUUAAAAACCUUAUUUACUUUACAUACAACAUUAGUUUAGUUAUCUAUUAUAGAGUUUUAUAGAAAUAGACCUUCUAAAAACGUUAAAAUGUAUCACUGGCACGCGAAACCUUAAAUUAGAGUGACUAAACGAAAACUCGGCACAGCACUUCUGAAAGGUUACCGAUCCCUGUCCUAGAGUAACCACAGCCCCUUCUCAUUGGUGUACAGGUCACUCAUGCGUCCGACGAAGUGGGUAUUCGCCACGGAAGCUUAUGCUCCAAUAUAUCUGUUAGUCUAUAAGGUGCUUUUUACAGAUCCAGACUAACACGGCUACCCCUCUGAUACAGGUCACCAGAAGACAUUGUGCUAAUUUCCAGCCUCAGGAACAGGUCCUUAAGCUGCUUGUCACAAGACAGAAGCGUGGGGGUGCUAGAAAGGUUGGGACUUGACACAGAAGCAGGCAUGUCUCUUUCCAAACUCCUCACCUUUUGGGUUGUUCUGAGGGGAUGGAAUCAAUUAAUCAUGUGACGACAGCGCUGGUUAUUCGGCUUGUCCAAUCAGAUUUCUCCGUUAGCACCUCAAGUGUUGCAGAAAGUUUGUGUGGUUUUGUUCAGCAGCUCACAGAAGCAAAAGAUGGAAAAUCUGUUGAGACCAGCUGAUCCCUACUUUGCAUUUUGUAAUGUUCUGUCCAUGAUUAGCUCUCAAUGUCUCCAGCAAAUAAGCCUUUGCCCUUCCUCUGGGAGACUGUCCUACUCCUCACAUGAUUUGUUCACAGCAAAUUUCCCCUGCUAUUCAGCCUAAUUUUUCCUUUCUUUAAUUUCCUCUGGUGACCCCUGUGCUCCUCACUACAGAAUUACUCUGUUUGCUGCUCACACCCUCAGACAUGUGCAGGAAUUGUCUCCUGUUCCUCAUUAGGCAUCAGUUAGCCAAGUGGACACAAUCAGCUUUGAGCUUCUCCCCAACCUCUGCAGCCUCACAUGACUUUUGUUGUUCUUCUCUCACUCUCUCUCUAUGAUUUCUCAAGAUCUUUUUAAGAGCAGACUUUUCUUGGUUAAGUCACAGAUCUGGGAUGAAAUCCUAGCAAAGGAAACUUCUGCACAUAAGAGUUGGAUGAAGCAUCAACAAACUGCCUUCCUGGUGAAAAAUUUGCAUGACUUGCCACUCGUGCACCUGUGUCCCACUUGACUGAUUGAAAAAUCAAACCCAUUCUUGACAUCUACAGAGCACAAUUGUCCUUUGGUGUAUCGCCAGCCGGUUGGGAGAACAGGACAAUGCUUUUUAUGUGCAACCAGCUACAUCAGAAUCUGAUUCUAAGGAUGUAUUUUACUUAGGCUGUUGAGUGUUGCUAUGUUCAGAGAGCACUGGUUAGCAUCUCAUUGUUAGCUCUGCAUACAGAAGAGUCCCUCGAAGAGCUAUUCAAACAAUCUAAAG